UGGGAUUUUUCCGGGAAAGUUGCGAAAAAAAAUAAUGCAGAGGAUCUUGUCGAGGUGUCGCCGGAGAAAUUUCCCCAGAACCCUCUCUUCGACGCAUCGCCUCAUCUUCCGGCGCGACGUCAGCGCCUCAGCAGAGGGCGGCGUCGACAGCUUCUCUGCGGACGUCGAGAGGACCUACCGCAUCCUCCGCAAGUUCCAUUCGCGGCCGCCCAAGCUUGCCCUCGCCCUCCGUGACUCCGGCGUUGAACUCCGCCCGGGCCUAGUUGAGCGCGUCAUCUCCCGAUGUGGCGACGCUGGUACCCUCGCCUUCCGAUACUUCUCCUGGGCCUCCCGUCACCCGGAUCACCAACCGUCCCCCGGCGCUCACCGCGCCAUGGUCCGCGUCCUCUCCAAGAUGCGCCAUUUCGGCCCCGCCUGGGCCCUCGUCGAUGAGAUACGGCGCGAGACCCCCGACCUUCUUACUCCCGACCUCUUCAUUGGUCUCAUCCGCCGCUUCGCUGCCGCCCGCAUGGUGGCCAAGGCCGUCGAGGUGCUUGAUGAAAUGCCCAAGUACGGUUGCGAGGCCGAUGAGCAUGUAUUUGGCUGCCUCUUGGACGCCCUCUGCAAGAAAGGCAGUGUCAAAGAAGCUGCUUCGCUCUUCCAAGACAUGAAGGAGCAGUUCCCUCCCAACCUGAAGCACUUCACCUCGCUCCUCUACGGUUGGUGCAAGCUGGGGAAGCUCAUGGAGGCUAAAUUUGUGUUGGUUCAGAUGAAAGAUGCUGGAUUCGAGCCCGAUGUCGUUGUUUUCAACACUUUGCUCGGUGGCUUUGCUGCUGCGGGUAAGAUGGAGGAUGGCUAUGAGCUUCUGAAAGAGAUGAGGCGUAGAGGGUGUGAACCAACUGUUGUUUCAUACACCACCUUGAUCCAGGCGCUUUGCUCAAGAGACAGAAUGGACGAGGCUAUGCUAAUGUUUGUGGAAAUGAGGCGUAAUGGUUGUGCUGCUGAUGCCGUGACAUAUUCAACUCUCAUCAGUGGAUUUUGUAAGUCAGGAAAAGUUGAUCGAGGUUAUGAGUUCCUCGAUGCAAUGGUUGAGCAAGGAUUGAGGCCUGAUCCAAGUGCUUACUUCCACUUUUUUGCUUCAUAUGAGAAGAAGGACAAAUUGGAGGAGUGUUUGGAGCUCAUGAGCAAAAUGUCAAAAAGUGGCUGUCUUCCUGAUCUAUCCAUCUAUAACAUUGUUAUAAGAUUGAUCUGCAAGCUUGGGGAGCUCAAACAAGCCAUAACUAUCUGGAACGAAAUGGAAGCUAGUGGGCUCAGUCCUGGACUUGAUACAUUUGUGAUAAUGGUACAUGGUUUUGUCGAGCAAGGAUCGUUAAUUGAGGCAUGCACAUACUUCAAAGAUAUGGUCGGACGAGGUCUCUUUACCACACCUCAGUAUGGCAUCUUAAAAGACUUGUUGAAUGCGCUAUUAAGAGAUGAGAAGCUUGAAUUAGCUAAGGAGGUUUGGAGUUGCAUAUUGAACAAUGGUUGCGAGUUAAAUGUUUAUGCUUGGACUAUAUGGAUUCAUGCUUUGCUCUCAAGAAAGCAUGUAAAAGAGGCAAGCCUUUACUGUUUGAAUAUGCUUGAUGCCGGGUUGAUGCCACAACCAAGCACAUUUGCAAAGCUCAUGAAAGGUUUGAAAAAGCUAUACAAUAGGUUGAUUGCAGCUGAGAUAACAGAGAGAGUGAGGAAAAUGGCUGAGGAAAUGCACAUUACUUUCAAAAUGUAUAAGAGACGAGGGGUGAGAGACCUUGAAGAGAAGGCAAAAGCACAGGCUAAGGCAAAGAGAAAAAGGAAAAAGGAGAAGAGUCAUAGACGAAGAUUCAAUCACCAACACUCUAGGAAUCCUUCUAAUCAAGUAGAUCCUUUCGAUGAAGAAACCUAUAUUCCUUGAUCCAAAAGAGUCUCAAAUAUAAUUGCUACUGGAUUUUUGCUUGCAGAAUUACUAUUGUCCUCUUGGAUUUCAUGUCAUUUUCAUAGUUUCUAGCCGCCUUCAUCGGGCACACAUUGUGUCCUGCUUAACACCAUGGUGGUCUUCUCCCCUUCAAUGAAGUUGGAAGGCGAAUAAGUUAUAUGCUUCCGGCAUUCUCAAAUUGUGGAUCAGUAUAUCUGAGUCUCAAUGCUUCAGAAUUUCCUCAGUAUUGUCACCACCUGUUCUGUAGUGGGAUCUUGAUUUAAAGACAGAAAAAGGGCAUUGGCCACUCAAUUGUUCGAGUCCCUUGCAAUGCUCGGUUAAUUUAAUUUCCAAGAAGUGGAGAUCAUUCUUGUUAGUAUUCUCGAUGCAAGACCAAGCAGAGUUUGUGAUAUUGGUCAAAUAAUAUUGGUGCAUGGGACAAUCUGGCCUUUUAAAAAUUACUCAAUAACUCCAUCGAUUGGCUCAAUGUUGUUCUCAGUAGAUAUCAUUUGGAGCUGAUGGCAGCUGGGACAUAUAGGGAGUUUUUCCUAUUCAAGAAAAAAAUCAAACCAUGUUUCUUUUUUUUUCCUUGUUAAUGAACCAUUUAUGAUUAGCCUUAGCUAAUUGUGAUAACAGGCUAGAGCAGUGUAAAUAUGAUAUGUUUUGCCUUUAACAAUUAGAAUUAGCUUA